UGCUCCCCCAUCCGCCCAUCAGCUUGCGCCACACUCGCUUCAGGAACACCUGCAACACCCGCCCCACGCGCAACGGUACGUAGCUGAGCUCUGUUCUUCUACCCAUCUGCCCAUCAUUAUUGUUAUCAAUCAAUCGCAAGCGCUCUCCGCUUGACCACAGAGCACUUUCCGCCCUUCUCUCACCUGGAUCUGCCAGCUAGGAGAUACGGUGCGUUCAUGGCUGGGCCAAUGCAAGCCACCAGCGAUCCAGUCGCCAUAUCCAACCCACUGCCCGCCUCGUCAAGCUCGAUUCUAAGCGCUCCUGCUGACCAGAUUUCUUUACUGAAACCAUCAUCCUCAACUAAACCCGACGCGCAUCUGAGUUCGAUUGCCAGCGCUGGUUUGCGCACUUCUCCCUCCCCUGGCCUGGAACCGUCGCGAUCUCCCUCUGCUGUUGGCAUGGCUAGCCCUGCCGUAAACACGGCGGCUGAUCGACCGUCGGAACUAGGAAAAGAAUCCGAAGAAUUUCAACACAAGGGUGGCCCGCAGGUUGCUCGGGAAGCAUUGGGAGUUGCUCUUGGUGAUACUUCUGACAGAGAAGCAAGGUCCUCAGAACAAACAAAUGCAGCCUCGACGCUGAACGAGCCCACAAGUAACACGUUUGUCCGAGAAACCCACGUGCCAUCCGAUGACAUGCAAGUAGACUCCCAUGCGAGCCCGGGUCAUGCCCCUGGUACUUCUGUCCACACAGGAGACCAGGGAGCAAACUCGGUCUCGUUAAUGAACAGCUCUACAGUGGCCAGCCCUGGCCCAAUCGAAGACACCGCAUCUCAAGAUGGUGACCGACCUCGACCGUAUAACGAACACACCGACAUAGCAGAUGAUGCGAAUAAAGCAUUUUCGUAUCCCAUGCCUGCUGCCGGUUUCAAUGAUCCUCGUCGCGGUCUUAGUUUGCCGCAUUCUGGCUUCCACAAAGGAAGCCCCCGAUCACCCUCCACGAAGAAACAUCGGUGCCCUUAUUGUGCGACUGAGUUUACGCGUCACCACAACCUAAAGAGUCACCUCCUCACCCACAGUCAAGAAAAACCCUAUGCUUGUCAGACAUGCCAGUCACGCUUUAGACGCCUCCACGAUUUGAAAAGACAUACUAAACUGCACACGGGAGAACGUCCGCACAUAUGUGAUAAAUGUGGACGUAGAUUCGCCCGAGGUGAUGCAUUGGCUCGUCACAAUAAAGGCCAAGGUGGUUGUGCAGGUCGACGGUCAAGCAUGGGCAGUUAUGCCGGCGAGGACGAUUAUGGCGAUGCAGGUGCUGGAGCAGAUGACGCUAUGGACGGACUUAUGUACACUGAGCCGGAAAGGAUGGACGAAGAAGAUGAGCGACGUCUUAGCACGCCAAGUAUCCGCAAGCACAAUGCACCUUCAUCAGAACCUAUGCCACGUGCACCUGGUGUCUUUCAACCUCGUGCUCCUAGCACGUACCCUCCGAUCGCCACCAACCAACCUCCUCCGCCUCCACCCCCUCGGGGCCUUUUCCCGCCUGCAACUAGUCACGGAGGAUCCAGUUCGUCAACAUCUCCUAUUUCUCAAAGUGGCACUAUGACUUUCCCUGCAACAGCCCAUUCUUCGACCUCCACUUUCCCCGCCCCCAAUAUGACAGAGAGCCCGAAGCCGUUAUCACCAAAUGCCCUCGCCUCCAACCACGCCAGCCAUGGAACUGAAGCCGGUGGUAUUCAUCCGCAUCCACAGCAUCGUGCUCAUUCUCCAGGCUUGAACCAGCAGUAUCAUCAAUCACAUUUUCGAGCCGGAACCACUCAAGGUACUCUCGGUCUUCCACCACCCGGAGCCCCGCAACUCCCUCUCCCUCCGGGACUCAGUACAUCGGACUCGCGAUUCCUACACAGCCAGCAGACACCUUCCCUUUCAUCUAAACAUGGUGCCACCCAUAGCCACUCGAGUAGCCAUGGAGCCGUGAUUCACACAGCUGUUGAUGAUGCUAGCGGUCUAUCAGAUCAGAGUCGUGAGGACAAAUUAUGGGUGUACAUUCGAAGCGUUCAAGAAGAAGUCAACAAUCUUCGAACAGAAGUUACAGCAUUACGAACACAACUUGCUGCACAAAAUCAAGGAGCCAACUCAGCUCCCCAGGCUCAACCAGAACCCGGAGACUUGGGUGCGCGAUAGACACCGUGAAGCGUUCGUGCUUUGAUAUAUACGACCAUCAGCAACUCCACCCAUAAUAGUUCUUCCCAAUCCGUUUCGAGUCAUGAGUAUUAGCUCCUUCGUUAUAAAGCUGUGCGGCUACAUGGUAUGGGUA